ACUUAUUACAAACGUUAUCAAGCACAGUUAUUUCUGUUAUUGUAUCUGAGAAAGUGUUAGGUGAAAAAAAUUAACUAACAUGAAAUUACAUAUGAAAUUGUUGGUUUUCUUUUGUGUUCUGUAUUUGUUAUUUGUUAGUUGCUCGUGUGGAUCACGCAUAAACGAACCGUAUGAAUGUUCGGUACAGUAUAACAAGCAGCACAUAUGUAGUUGCGCAAUCAUCCGUGGAGAGUUUGUUCUAACGGCAGAUCAUUGUAUCAGAGAAGUUCGAGGAAGAUCAAUUAAAGAUUUCAAAAUAUUAUUAGUUGGUUCUGGAAUUUAUCACAACAUUGAGGACUAUAUACCGUAUUUAGAUAAUUUUUCGAAUCAUCAAUGUCACGAGGACAUUGGAUUAAUUAAAGUGCAAAACAGUUUGUAUACAGAAUCGUACAACAUCCUGGAUACUUAUAUACCCCCGCAUACACCACUUAACGCCUAUGGAUAUCAAGAGAAUUCUCAUCCUAUGAGAAAUGAUUUGAAAACUCACUGUUUAUUCACUCUUAGAAAUGAUGAUGAGGGAAAUUUGCAUUUGUGUACCUCAGAUUUUUAUGCCAAUGGAAUGUCUGGCGGUCCGAUUGUGGAUGGAAAUGGUCGAUUGGUUGGGAUAUUGAGGGGGUCAGGAACAGGAAUAAACAAUAAAAAGGUGAAAUUGUUUACUCGGAUUUCACAUAUUCAUUUUUGGUUAUAUUCAACGAUCAAUCAAUACCAGCGUCCAAGGGAAUGUACCGUUAUGUAGCAUAAGAAGAACGUUCUACUCCAAACAGUCGGAGAAUCAACAACAACUGGGUGAAAAAUCAAUAAGGUUAACUCAUUGUUAAUGUAUCAAAAAAUUAUAAAUUUUCAAAUGUGAAAUGUCAGUCGAAUUGAUUAGAAAUAAAUAAAAAUACAUUUCAGCGAA